AUGGGGACCGUGAACACUUCCGAUCGCCUGGCUAGGUUGAGGCAGUUGAUGCAGGAGAACAAAGUUGAUGUAUAUAUCGUUCCAUCAGAAGAUAGUCAUCAGUCGGAAUACAUUGCUCCUUGCGACGGUCGUCGAGAGUUCAUCUCUGGUUUCUCGGGGUCUGCAGGCACGGCUAUUGUCUCAAUGAGCAAGGCAGCCCUGUCCACCGACGGACGAUACUUCAAUCAGGCUGCCAAGCAGCUCGACAGCAAUUGGUUGCUCCUGAAGCGGGGAGUUGAAGGUGUCCCUACAUGGCAGGAAUGGACUACCGAGCAGGCUGAGGGUGGUAAGGUCGUCGGCGUGGACCCUUCUCUGAUUACGGCCUCGGGCGCGCGUAAACUCGCCGAGACCCUCGAGAAAAACGGCUCGUCUUUCGCAGGUGUUCAGCAGAAUCUUGUCGAUUUGGUUUGGGGCAAGGAUAGACCGGUGCGCCCAAGGGAGCUGGUCAAGGUCCAUCCGGAAAAAUUUGCGGGCACAAGUUUCCAGGAGAAAAUCAGCGAAUUGCGUAAGGAGUUAGAGAGCAGAAAGAAGGCCGGUUUCAUUAUCUCCAUGCUCGAUGAAAUUGCUUGGUUGUUCAACUUGAGAGGAAGUGACAUUCCUUACAACCCAGUGUUCUUCUCAUAUGCUGUCAUCACACCCACCACAGCUGAAUUAUACGUCGAUGACGACAAACUGACUCCAGAGGUUAAAGCCCACUUGGGCCAAGAUGUUGUCAUCAAGCCGUAUGAUUCUAUCUUCGCGGAUGCCAAAGCACUCAGUGAGUCCAGAAAGCAGGCUGCUGGAGAGGCAGAAUCCAAAUUCUUGCUGUCGAACAAAGCCUCGUGGGCGCUUAGCCUCAACCUGGGUGGUGAAGAGCAAACUGAAGAAACUCGCAGCCCCAUUGGUGAUGCCAAAGCAGUCAAGAAUGAGACAGAGCUUGCAGGAAUGAGAGCCUGUCACGUUCGAGAUGGAGCUGCGCUGACUGAAUACUUUGCCUGGCUUGAGAAUGAAUUGGUUAACAAAAAAACGACCCUUGAUGAGGUGGAUGCUGCAGACAAGCUCGAACAAAUCCGGUCCAAGCACGAGCUCUUUGCCGGUCUUUCUUUCGACACAAUUUCCUCCACAGGCCCUAACGGUGCAGUCAUUCAUUACAAGCCUGAGAAAGGAAGCUGCUCAAUCAUUGAUCCCAACGCCAUCUAUCUCUGUGACUCCGGUGCCCAGUAUUUCGAUGGAACUACCGAUGUGACCAGAACAUUUCACUUUGGAAAGCCUACUGAUCUUGAGAAGAAGGCUUUCACUUUGGUGCUGAAGGGUCUCAUUGCUCUGGAUUCUGCCGUUUUCCCUAAGGGUACCAGCGGCUUUGCGCUUGACGUUCUCGCCAGACAAUUCUUGUGGAAAGAAGGUCUUGAUUUCCUCCACGGUACUGGCCACGGAAUUGGCUCUUACUUGAAUGUCCACGAAGGCCCCAUGGGUAUCGGCACCCGUGUUCAGUACACUGAGGUUCCCAUUGCUCCUGGCAAUGUCAUCUCUGACGAACCCGGAUUUUAUGAAGACGGCAAAUUCGGUAUUCGGAUCGAGAAUGUCAUUAUGGCGCGUGAAGUGCAAACGACUCACAAAUUUGGCGAUAAGCCGUGGUUGGGCUUCGAGCAUGUCACCAUGACUCCUAUCGGUCGUAAUCUGAUUGAACCAUCUCUCCUGAGCGACAUCGAGAUCAAAUGGACCUGCGAUAUUGUUAUGAGUGGGAGAAGUCCUUACGCCAACGGAUACGGGUAUUCCGACACCGGCCGAUACGACCGCAGCGAUGGCGGAUACAGUGGCAGCAAUAACUUAGGAGCCAAUGGAUAUGGAGGAGGGGGAGGAGCAGGAUCAGGAGCAGGCCAAAGCCUUCGUCCGGGCGGAUAUGGUGGAUUCUAUCCUGAAGCAUCACAACAGUCUUUGUCGCCCACCCAAUCGCCCGACGGGCGUCGGGGAAGAAGCGAUCGAGACUGGCAACAGCAGUCCUCAUCGCGAUCGCAGACAAGAGACGCGGAUACGGAUAGAAGGAUGCAGGGCUCACGGGACGGCCGUCAGCAGGGGGAAACUAGCUGGUUGGCCACGAGCAGGAGCCGGGAGAGAGAACGUCCCGAUGGAACCAGCGGCGGCAGCAAUGCCAGGGGACCGCAGGCUAUCGAAGAUGUUCUACAAUCUAUCCAAAGUGAAUGGGAUUUCAUGAAUUCCGGUGACUGCGUACCGGUACAAGUCGCUCUGCAGUUGAUGGAUACCAGUACACUGGGGAAAGCCGAUCGCGAGCCCAAUUUCUUGGAUGUACAUGAUCAGAUCCAAAGGACGUUGAAAUCUAUUGUGAACGAACAUCAUCAGGGAUUCAACAGUUCCAUCGGUACAUAUCACAAGAUCCAAUCGAGUAUCCAGAGCUCACAGAGUCGGGUACGUGGCCUGAGGAACGCACUUGACGAGGCAAAGUCUGGGUUGCUAUCGACCAAGCCUGAGUUGAAGGGGCUGGCCACCUCCUCGCAGAAAUAUGACGAUAUCAUACAGCUUUUCACGCAGAUCCAAGAAAUUCAAUCACUCCCCGAGAAGCUGGAAUCACUGAUAUCUGACAAGAGAUUCCUUGCUGCGGUUGAAGUACUUCAUGAUGCAUUCCGACUCUUACGUCGCUCCGAGCUUGAGAACAUCGGUGCACUCGCAGAUAUUCGCGCCUAUUUCAGCAAUCAAGAAAUCUCAAUCACUGAUAUUCUGAUUGAGGAAUUGCAUGACCAUUUGUAUCUCAAGUCCCCUUAUUGCUCGGAUCGGUGGAAACCCCCGUCAUCAGAGGGAGAAAAUAGUGGAGGCGCAACUCCUCCCAAUUGGAAUAGUGCAGGGUCAUGGGAAAGGCCUGUCUACGGAUUCCUGGCAAAGAUGGAUGCCUCUUCGCCCAUGAUCGAUGAUGCUUCCCGGAACCCCGAAGCCGAUACCUUUUACUACAUCCAACUGCUAAUUGAAUCGCUGAAUAAGAUGGGUCACCUGGAUAUAGCUGUUGACCGCAUUGAACAGCGGCUUCCCGUUGAACUUUUUGCUGUGGUUGAUAAGACAAACGCGGAAGUUGAUGCGCGCCAUCCGAAUUCAGCUCGGGGCUUUACCUCCCAGGAUAGCAAGAUAAAUUCACCGACAGAAAUCAUCGAAAAACGCGGCCAUGUGCUAUCAGAAUUCCUAUUGGCACUCUAUGCCAAAUUUGAGGCUAUUGCCGAAGGACACCGAGUUGUCCAUGACGUGGUCGCAGCUAUUGUGGAACGCGAAGGGAUCCCUAAAAGCAGUGCCCUGGCGGGUGGCUUUAAGGAACUAUGGAAGCUAUACCAAAGUGAGAUCCGAUCCCUUAUGCAUGAUUACCUGGCCACGGAUGGGGAGGAGUCCUUCCGUCCGAGAGAAGAGGAAAUUGACCAUAGACGUAACCUGCUCUCGGGGCAUAGAGAUAAGAACAAGAAAAUGUUCAAGCUGUCAGAAUUAAACGGAAACACGGACAUGAAAGCUGAAGAGGAUGAGUUGGAUGAGAUACUCCGGUCCUCGGUUCCUGGAUUGGUAUCAAAGUCAAGACAAAAGACUGCCGCACUUGAAACAUCCCAGUCUAAGCAAGGAAACUCAGGGACAGGCCAUAAGAUUCUCAUCGAACCGAGCGUGUUCAAUAUGGGUCUUCUCCUCCCACCUUCGAUCUCUUUCAUCCAACGGCUGAAGGACAUCGUCCCUGUGGAUUCUGACAUUGCCAUGAGUAGCUUGACCUCGUUCCUAGACGACUUUAUGGUCAAUGUUUUCCUUCCUCAACUUGAUGACACUGUCACGGAUCUUUGUACUCUCUGCUUCAUUGCAACAGAUGCUUUCACAGAAGACCCUCACUGGGCCAAGGUUUCCCCUCGGCCGAUUUUCAAGGGGGCGGUUAAAUUCUACUCGAUCGUCAAGGAGUUCUGCAAAUUGUUAUCCAGCAUACCACACGAUCAAGCUUUCUCACAGCUUCUCAUCACCCAGAUGGUGACCUUUUAUGAUAAAUGUUGUGGUUGGUAUAAAUCAAUCGUGACCAAGGUGUCCCCUCGGGAGGAAGGAGGAGUCCGACUCAAGGCAGCUGCAGCAUUUGCUGAAUCGGGCCCUAUCCACGAUACUGUUAGCGAACUGUGGAAGGGAGCUGGUGGCAAUAAACGAGAGCUUCUAGACAAAGAAAUUAACCUUCUCAUUGAGCAAACCGACAAAGUGUCUUUGGAGCCGUACGACAUCAUAUCUGACCCUAAGACCGUGGUAUCUCUGUCGCUCCUUUGCAAUAGUACGCAAUGGCUCGCAACCCAUCUGGUAAAGUUGCGCCGGAUUACAACAACAGCCGCUGAGUCGCGAAAGUCGCAAUCCGAGAAUACACCAAACUCCCGUCGAUGGACUCUCAUCGGUGCAAUGAAACCACAGCGCGAUAACCUUAGCCCACCGAUAUAUCUACCGCUCAACCAAGAAACUGCUGAUGCCUUUGACACAAUAAUGGAGUCAAUGCGCAGUCUCGGCUCUAAUGCUCUUUUUGCUCUGCACAUUGAUAUCCGAUGCGGUGUCAUUCAUAUGCUAGCCAGAACGAUGGCUGGACCGAAUCCCCCGUCCAGCCGCAACUCGGAACCUGCGACACCUACACCCAAUUCAAGUAUGAAUUGGUGGCAUAUCGUUACAAACCAACCCACUGCCGCUUCGCCUACAGUGAUCGAGCUCAAUAACGACUUAAUUUCAUUUGAUACAAAUAUCUCGAAGUAUUUAGGGGCCGUUGAGCGUUGGUUUAUCUCCUCGGGUCUUGCUCGAUUCAUUGACCAAACAUUUAUCUCAUACACUCGCCAUAUCGGUGCCAUGAACGAGAAUGGAGCCUUACGGCUCCAAUUGGAUGUUCUUGUCCUGCAGCAAAACCUCAAGAACAUCAUCAUUGACCCGAGAGAAGACUCGACCAAGGAAGGAGGCACUUCGGAGCAAGAUGGCCCUGAUAAGUACCAUGAGGUUGUUGCGCUUCCUCGCAGUGCCAAAUUUUUAGAUUGGUUCAUUGAAGGCGCUGAAAAGGCUCUUGAUUAUGCCAAAGACGAAAAGGAAGCAUUCAAGGCGCAAGGAGAGAAGGCACUGUCUGCUGGAAAUGGCGAGCCGUUCACUUAUGACGAGCUCAGGAUCUUGGUUGAUCUUUGUUUCUCGGAUGUUCUCAGGGGACCCCGGGGUGCGGAGAACCGUGAGGACUUUAUGGCUGCAAAGAAAGCCAGUGCUGAUGCGCUAUUGAGACUGAAUGAGAUUAUGUGGGACUCGAGGUAA